CUUUUUCGUUUUAUACAUUACCAGAUCUGGAUGCUGCUACACUCGACUCGUCCCUUUGAUGCUCAAACAACGACAAAGACCUCGGGAAUCCUAGCUACGUAGAACACAUAGAUAGAUUGAAGGUGCCUUGAACCUUGAAGCCCCCCAGAGCCUGCAUUUGCGUCGACCCCACCCAUCACCUGAGCACGCAUCAGCCAUCGGACAGCAAGGGCAUCCUGAGAUAAAACGACUAUCUAUUUAGUACCUGGCUGUUUCUCUUGUCUUGCUUUAUUCCUCAACAAAACAGUCUCCAAUAGCCCUCUCCACCAGCUACCAUGGGACGCCCCGAGUUCGACCGAAAGACUGCAUACAUCAAGAAAGGUGAAGUCUGGUUCGACGAUGGCCGCGAAGAAGCGCUCGUCUCGUACAUCAAAUCUCACCCACACGCCGACUCCUUCCAGAACAAACCACACAUCAUCCUCUCCGUCAUCGACGAGUUUGCCCGCACCAAGGACUUCAUGAUGACUGUUGGCCAGUACAAGGGCGCCGUCGUCACCGAUCUCAUCGCAAAGGAGCGCCCGCAAACGAUUGUGGAGAUGGGUGGGUACACGGGGUAUUCUGCGCUGCUGUUUGGGAGUGCGUUGAGAGAUGCUUGGAACGGAGUGGAGGGUGCCAAGCCACGGUACUACAGUCUCGAGAUGAGUGAGAAGUUCGCGGGCAUCAUCAGAGAGUUGGUCAAGCUGGCCGGGCUGGACCAUGUUGUCACUGUGGUCACGGGCAAGGCGGAGGAUGGGCUUCGCGAGUUGAGGGAGGACUUCAAGCUCGAGACGGCAGAUAUGUUCUUUAUCGAUCACUACAAGCCGGCGUAUGUGGGUGAUCUACAACGUGCGGAGGAUUUGGGCUUGGUACGUAAGGGCACGUGGGUUGUGGCGGAUAAUGUGGUGUUGCCUGGGGCGCCGGGCUAUCUGGAGUAUGUGCGUGGAACGGCAAAGGGUGAGGGCAUUAGGAAGCAUGUUUAUGAGAGCAGAUUGGAGGAGAGCUGGGAACCGACCGGCGAGGAGGAUGGACUUGAGGUUUCGAAGUGUAUCGAGGUGAGAUGAAUUCGACUGGGGUACGGGCUCAUUCACUUAUGAAGGCGUGUCCCUUUCUACUACUAUGCUAUGAGCUGUAGACUUAUGAUAUCAGAUGGAUGCCAGUCUAGGUCCCGACGAGUAUGAGGCCACUCUAGACCUAGGCUAUCACGGCUCUGAGAACAAACUGGUAUACCAAUUCGAGAACACUGAAUCUUCUGAAAGGAAACGAAAUGGUAAAGACAAGUUAGACCACGUUCUUGUAGUUGAUUAUGGAGGUAUACUCAAUGAAAUGGGUG